AUGGUUAUAGAUUUGCUUGCAGUUUUUGGGGCAGUUGUGCCCUUGUAUCUUGCCAUUGGCUUAGGCUAUAUCUCAGUUCGAUGGUGGAGGGUCUUAAACCCAGAACAAUGCUCGGGAAUCAACAGUUAUGUGAGUAAUUUUGCUGUUCCUGUUCUUGUUCUUGACAUCCUCUCUGCGAAUAACCCAUAUACCAUGAACUUCAAAGCCAUUGCUGCUGAUAUUCUACAAAAGGUAGUCAUUUUUGUCCCACUGAUACUAUGGAAAUUUCUGAGCAAGAAUAGUAGCUUUGACUGGGUAAUCACCAUUUUUGGUCUAUCAACUCUCUCAAACACUCUUCUUGUUGGACUUCCUCUUGUUCAAUCCAUGUAUGGGGAUAGCUCAUAUUCUUUACUGGUUCAACUUGUGGUGAUUCAGUCUCUAAUAUGGAUGAACAUGCUUCUGGCCUUGUACGAAUAUAGAGCAGCUAGAAUCCUCAUUGCAGAGAAAUUCCCCACCAAUGCUAAGUCCAUUGGAUCUGUGAGAGUUGAUCCAGAUGUUGAUUCCUUUAGUGAUCUUGAACAAUUAGAGACUGAUGCUGAGGUAGGCUCUGAUGGAAGGCUACAUGUGGUGGUGAGAUCUUUCUCUGUGUCAUCUGGGAUUUCUGUGGGUAGUUUUCAUUCAGUGGAAUCUGCAGAUGAACUCAACUUAUGGGCUAUGAGUUCAUAUCCCAGACAAUCUUCAAGAAGAUCAGGAAGUGGUAAAUCUCUUGGUCAUCAUCUAGAAAGGCAUUUUCACAAACAAAGAUCACAUACCAGUAGAGUAGCAGAUUCAUCUUUUGAUAUUGAGGCCAUAACUGAAGAUUCUGAGCCUUCUCAUCAUACGGAAAAAACAGCAUCAAAUCAUUCUCCUGUGAUUAACCAGGAUGGAGAGCAGGAGAGUCCCCCAGCAGGCAUUGUAGCAAAGCUCAUUAUAAUCACAGUGUGGAGAAAACUAAUUAGAAACCCUAACACAUACGCUAGUGUUGUAGGCCUUGUAUGGUCCCUCAUAGCAUUCAGGCUCAACAUUGAAAUGCCAUUGAUCAUUAAAGGGUCCAUCACAAUCAUAUCUAAAACAGGAAUAGGAAUGGCAAUGUUCAGUUUAGGUUUGUUCAUGGCUCUCCAACCCAAGAUCAUUUCCAUUAAAAUAUCCAUGUUGCUGAAAUGCACAGCCGUGAGGUUAUUACUGGGCCCACUGAUAAUGGCUGCAACAUCUGUUGCUGUUGGUCUUCAUGGAACUGUAUUUCAUACAGCGACUGUCCAGGCUGCUCUUCCCUUAUCAAUUGUUUGUUUUGUGUUUGCAAAGCAAUAUAAUGUGCAUCCUGAGAUAUUCAGCACAACGAUCAUCAUCACAACAGCCUUGUUCUUGCCUGUUACGAUUAUCUGCUACGUGAUCUUAAGAUUCAUUCCAUGGUGA